AUGAUGGACCAGUUGUUUUGCGUUUGCAUAAUUGAUGUUAUUUUAGCGCAGUGCAACUUUACUCUGGAAUCUUUUUCCACACUGCAGCAGCGUAACUUUAAAUUGCUUCCAGUUCACAUUGGCGACCGACUGAAUAUCCUAGCAUCGGCUGGUGAAUGGUAUUAUGGAAAUUGUGUGAGCGAUGAAGCCAACUGUGGGAUAUUUCCGAAAGCCGCAGUUAUCUUUCUUUCUGAGCAAUCUUCUUCUGCAACUAGUGAAGCAAAUGAGCUUGCAGCUGAACUUACAGAUGUGUUAAAAGAUUGGUGGACAUCUAUUAAGGAAACCUAUGGAAGGCAACCACGAAUGGAGUGUCAAGACGAAAUAUUACUAUAUAUGGAAGAAUUAAUGGUCAUGAGGAAAAAAAUUUUGUCUGGGAAUGUUACUGUGGAAGAACUAAAAGAAAUGCGGUUGCAACUGGUGAAGAAGAUUGAUUUAGGGAACGAGUGGUUGGGCUUGGAUAUGGUCAUUCGGGAUGAUUCUGGUAAAGUCAUUGAAAACGAUUCGGUCUCUGUGGCUCACGCUUACCGAGCUCAUCUUAAUGCUGCAGAUAGAAUUUUUAAUGACUCGGUAGAAGUUGGUUUAGUGAAUGGUUUAGUGAAAAAUCCAAAUGACGUAAGCACUGUCAGUGCAUUUUCUUUACUUGUACAAGCACAUUCUGCGUUUCUUAACUGCAAUUCAGACUGCGAAUUCUCCCUAACGCUGUAUGGCGUCACGGAGCAAAAGUAUAUAUCAGAAAGCUUUAUUUUUUAUUGGAACUGGAAAACAAGGGCGUUAAGUAGUAGAAACUGUAGAGCUUUGUUUAAGGACCUUGGGUCUAAGAAAUUUCCUUCGGUUCCCUCUUCAAGUAAAGAUCACCGAAUUUUGAUGGGUGUUAGAGUGGCACGAAUCGCUCCAAUUGAGUCAUCGUCAUCAACUGUUAGGAAACUAAUUGAUACUGGAUCACAAGAGCUGUUACCACGUCAGCCAUAUGCAGCAGCUGUUUUUGACCUUACAGAUCUGCUCGCCGGCCCUCCUGGUUCAAAAGAGUAUAUGAUUUACUUGAAUAGGGAGGCGUCAGUUGAUCAAUUAAUUUCCAAAAACUGCUCAAGUUCUUGGAGUAACAGCAUAAAAGCAGUGAGUAACGAGUCAGGGUCAGUGUAUGAACAGCCACGGUUAAUGAUAUCUGCGGAGGUCCUCGUUGGUUCUUUGGCUGCUAUAAAGAAAUCUUACCCGCAUAUAUUUUCUUUACAUUCUCCGACUGAGGUUCAGAAGGAAUAUUGUUUGAAUAUCAUUCUGGUCGGCGGAUUUGAUAAAGUUUUAAAUCUAACUUCGCCUAAUUUUCAAAACUUUGUAGAUGAAGCCCGAAAUGACUUGUACAUUAUGUUAGUUGAAGCUGAUUUACAUGGAGGCAAAUCAUCAGACGGGAAUAUCGAAGCACGCAUUUGUGCUGUGGAUAAUAACGGUGUUAUUGAAAAUGUACGUUUAUGUCGUGUUUUGUGCAUUGAAGUGGCCACUCCUGAGGGCCUACAGAAGAAAACAUUCUACCACAGCCUGGUUUUUUACCACGAAGAUAGACCGAAAUGGAAUGAAAUAAUCAAGAUAGUAAUCCCCGAAGAGUCUCAAAAAGACAUUCAUAUUCGUAUAACUUUUCACCAUAAAAAGUGCUACGACAAGGGAAAGCAGGAAAAGGGACCUUUUGCUUUAGCUUUUGCUCGCGUUUUAGAGGACGCAACGUUAAUCAAGGAUGGUUCGCAUGCUCUGCUCGUUUAUCGCAUCGAGUCGGGUAAGUUCACUGAGAAUGACAGGAGUUAUUUACGUUUGCUUUCAUCACGGAAUGAAUCAAAGGCAGUUCCGCAGCAUCGCUCACCAACAAAUCCCUAUUCGUUCGCUGAGAAAAAUUCCUUAGUUAUUCGUUCUGUCACUUGCUCCACGGCGCUCACGCAUAACAAGAGUCUGCUCCAUAUUUUAAGAUGGAAAAAUAACGAUAGGGCAUUGGAAGAAAAAUUGAGGGAAAUAUCCCACUCGAAAGGUGGUACAGUCAGUGAAGAACUGGUAAAAUUCAUACCUAAUUUUUGCGACGCUCUUUUUGAAAUAGUCGAUCAUUACCCGAAAUAUGACGGAUUGGUGUUUGAUGCCCUGGUUACUGUUAUUCAGCUUGUCAGUGAAGAAAGAUUCAGAAAUUUUAGGCUUGUUUUGCAAAACUACAUAGAAAAUUUUCAUUCAACUGUCGCAUUCGUAAAACUGAUCCCAGUGCUGCGUCAGAGGAUUAAGAGCGCUGAAAAAACUCAUGAAGUAACAUUGAACACUAUGAAGGCUCUUGGCAUCAUUAUGCAACUUAUUGUGAGGUCGAAAAUUUGCAGUGACCGGUAA